AAAAGGACAGACAACUGGCUGCUGGUCUACUCUCCUGUGCCUAUUAUCUGUAUAAUCUUGUGCUACCUGAUCAUGAUAUGGGCGGGGCCAAAGCUGAUGGAGAAGAGGCAGCCCGUCAACCUCAAACCUGUCCUGAUAGUUUACAACUUUGCCAUGGUCUGUCUCUCUGCCUACAUGUUUUACGAGUUUACAGCAUCCUCUUGGUUGUCUGGAUACAGUUUGUUGUGCCAGCCAGUCGACUACAGCUCCAGCCCACUGGCCAUGAGGAUGGCCAGAGUCUGCUGGUGGUUCUACUUUUCCAAAGUCAUCGAACUCAGCGACACUCUAUUUUUCAUCCUGAGGAAAAAGAACAGCCAGCUGACCUUCCUCCAUGUCUACCAUCAUGCCACAAUGAUCUUCAACUGGUGGGCCGGAGUUAAAUUUGUGGCCGGGGGGCAGUCUUUCAUGAUUGGUCUGAUCAACUCCUUUGUCCACGUGAUAAUGUAUUUGUACUAUGGGCUGGCAGCUUUUGGGCCGAGCAUGAGCAAAUACCUGUGGUGGAAACGGUACCUCACCUGCCUGCAGCUGAUGCAGUUUUUCAUGGUUACCAUCCACACCAUCUACAACCUGUUUGCUGACUGUGACUUCCCAGACUCCAUGAAUGUGGUUGUGUUGGCCUAUUCUCUCAGCCUAAUUGCCCUUUUCAGUAACUUUUACUAUCAGAGUUACCUUGCAAAGAAGACGAAGAACAAGUAGACUAAUGACAGAAGGAAAAGUGGUUGAAUAAGAGAUUUUGAUGCCAAGUGAACAUUUAAAGAUAUUUGCAAAGCUGUUUGUUUUUGUUUCAGUGAUAAUUUAUUCAUGGUUACUGCAUAUUUCCUGUAUAUGAAUAAAAUGGAUGAGAAAACCUAAGUAAUAAUGUAAAAUGAAGAAAUGAAC